UAGACAAUACAGCAAAGCAGAGGAGAGAGAGAGGGAGGCAGUGUUCGACCGUUGAUAAAAAUAUGUUCGUGUGUAUCUCUGUUCUGUGUUGCAGACAACCAUCCAACUUGUGCUAAAAAUAUUAAUCAUCCAUCUUCCCACAUAUCCUUCCUUCUUUCCUUUUAUUCUUUUAUUCUUUUAUUCUUUUAUUCAUCCUUUUUAUCAUUCUUCCUUCCUUCCAUCCACUCAUUCACCCAUCCAUUUGUUCAUCCCCUUGACCUGAUCCAACCCUUUUCUCCAUCUUUCUUCCUCUCAUUCUUCCUCCACCCCUUGUCCUCUCGAUCAACAGAAGACAACAACAACAACAACAACACAUAUUACAGCACUAUGACCAAUACAAGUUCACAACAACACCAAAGUAGGAAACCAUGGACUACAAGGAUGGCCCUGUCUACAACAAUGGUCCUACUUUUGACUCUUCCAGCACUCCUCUCUGCUGCGCCAAUCACACCUUUCACAAAACGUGAUGUCAAAUAUAUUGAGGAUUCCGAUCCAGAAAUGGAUUUGACCUAUGAAGCCAAGGGUAGAUAUCUUUUAGCAAAACUCAAGUUGGAUGAGUGUGCCACCCCUGCUCAAUUCCAGCUCCCAAGGGAAUACGAUGCCAUGACCACGGGGGAGCCCGAAAUGGCUCUGAAUUUCUAUCUGGAUGAUCAAUGCCAAGACUAUGAAUUUUCUCUCCAAUCCGAGGUUCAUGAGUUUGCAGGUGCUUUUGCAAGUAUGAAGUACGUGGGCAUGUUCUCGGAUGUGAAACCUGGUAUUUAUGAUGAACACGAACUCUCCAAGACUGCCUUGCCUCAAGGCGAACCUCAGACGACCAACAUCAUCCAGACACCACCCACAAAUCAAGAUGGAGCCAAUGUGCCCAACGGACCCAACAACAGCAAAGACACUACUGACGGAGGCAUUUCUUCUCCAGGAUUCGCUGUUGGGAUGGGCAUUGUAGGCUUUUUGAGUAUGGCUGGUAUUGUCGCCUUGGGUGUGUUUCUCUACCGUAAACACAACUCCUUCGGAGGACAGAAGCGUGGAGGUGACGGUCGUGCAUUCAUGACCUUGAACGGUCAGGAUGAGGACGAUGAUGAAACAGGCUUAACUGCGGGUGAAAAUGGUCCUCACUCCUCUGCAUUGAUGCAAUCUCGUGUCGCCGCCUCUUUUGAUGAUGAGCGUUUACCUGCUAGUCGAUACCGCGACGAGGAUCAUGCGAGCGACGAUGAACAGGUAGAAUUGGGUGCGUAUGCUCAGAAUCCAACUGGGCCAACUCAGUACCGUUCAGAACCAGGAACGCUUCCUCAAAAUGCUCGUUCCCAUGAGAAAUAGUCAAAUAAAAUAAAGGAAUAAAGCAAUUUUUUAUAGAUCUGGC